AGUCCGCAACCCCUUGGUAUGGAGGACGGGACAAUCCAAGAUGAUCGCAUUACGGCGUCCAGUAUUCUGAGCAAUACAUAUCCAGCCCGGGAGGCACGCCUCAACAAUGACAAGGGAUGGUUAGCCUCGAGUGACGACGCCUAUCCCUGGAUCGAGGUGGACCUCGUCCAGAGUACAGUGGUGACGGGCGUCAUCACACAAGGCAGCUACAGUAGGUAUGUGACUGCGUACAAGGUAGCGUAUAAGAAGCAGCCCUCAUCCGACCGUGAACACGUGACGGAUGGAAACGGAAACGUCAAGGUGUUCAUCGGUAACACUGAUGCCGACACCCCGGUCACUAACCUGUUUGAUGAGAGUGUGGUCGCCACGGUAGUGCGCAUUGAGCCUACUGCAUGGCAGAUAGUUGUAGCUCUGCGAUUGGAGCUGCUUGGAUGUCGCCGUGGUUAA